ACACGCCGUGACCCGUGACGUUUAACCUCAGCUGGCUGGACGCGAGGCGCGCCUGUGUCGCGCGCUGCUUGGUGGGCAGUGCGCCGUCACGAGCUGAAGGUGUCAUGAAACGAAGAAAACUCUCUUGCGGAGGGGAAGAGCACUGUUUAUAACAGCGCGUAUGGGAGCACAGGAGAAACUGGAUUAGUGGUUCAUACGAUUAACAUGGCCAAAAACACAUCUCUUUAUUUUCGAAUUGUCGAGGGCAGAAACCUCCCGGCCAAAGACGUCUCCGGAACCAGUGAUCCAUACUGCAUUGUAAAAGUUGACAAUGAAGUUGUGGCCAGGACGGCCACAGUGUGGAAGAACCUUAAUCCUUUCUGGGGUGAAGAAUACACGUUGCAUCUCCCAAUGGGGUUUCAUUCGCUCUCUUUUCACGUUAUGGAUGAGGACACAAUUGGGCACGAUGAUGUUAUUGGAAAGAUUACGCUGACCAAAGAAGCCAUUGGAGCUCAAGCUAAAGGCAUGGCUAAACAUUCAGCAGUAGUCUAUAACUGGAUGACUGCAUGGCCAGAGCUCAGAGGGCUAGACUGCUGGCUAAAUCUCACAAAGGUUGACCCUGAUGAAGAAGUUCAAGGAGAGAUCCAUCUGGGUCUGGAGCUGCUUAAAGAUACGGAGAAGAUCAGUCUGCGGUGUCAAGUCAUUGAAGCCAGAGACUUGGCUCCAAGAGACAUUUCUGGAACCUCUGAUCCCUUCACAAGAGUUAUUUUCAACAACCAUAGUGCAGAGACCUCGAUAAUCAAGAAGACCCGUUUUCCUCACUGGGGUGAGACGUUAGAGCUGGAGCUGGAUCCAGAGGAGCUGCGUGAGGAGGAGGGGACUGUUACUGUACAGGUCUGGGACUGGGACAUGGUGGGCAAGAAUGACUUUCUGGGAAAGGUGGAAAUCCCUUUUGCUUGUUUGCACAAGACACCUCAGUUAGAGGGCUGGUUUCGUUUACUGCCCUUGGGAAACAAUGAGGUUGAUGCUGGUGGCAAGCUGGGAGCACUCCGUCUCAAGGUGCGUCUGGUGGAGGAUCAGAUCUUGCCAUCCAUGUACUAUCAGCCUCUCAUCGACCUUCUGGUUGAGUCGGUAAUCUCCCCUACAGAGGUGGAGGAUAGCAGCGCUCUGACUAUGCUGGAGGAGGUCACCACAGUUGAGAGCAGACAGGACGUGGCAAUGACUUUGGUGAAAAUCUACCUGGGACAAGGACUGGUGGUGCCCUUCCUGGACUACCUUAACACCCGGGAGGUCAACCACACCACUGAUCCUAACACCUUAUUUCGAUCAAACUCACUUGCCUCCAAAGCCAUGGAACAGUUCAUGAAGGCUGUUGGCAUGCUGUAUCUGCAUGAGGUGUUGAAGCCCAUCAUCAACCGCAUCUUUGAUGAGAAAAAGUACAUUGAACUUGACCCAUGUAAGAUCGACCUGAACCGCACAAGAAGGAUUUCAUUCAAGGGUGCAGUGUCAGAGGCAGAGGUCCGGGACAGCAGCGUGGAGAUGCUGCAGAGCUAUUUGACCAGCAUCAUCGAAUCAAUCGUGAGCUCAGUCGAUCAGUGUCCUCCUGUAAUGAGAGUGGCCUUCAAACAGCUGCACAAGAGAGUGGAGGAGCAAUUUACCGAGCCUGAGAAUGAGGAUGUGAAGUACCUGGCCAUCAGUGGAUUCUUUUUCCUGCGUUUUUUUGCUCCUGCAAUCCUCACACCUAAGCUGUUUCAGCUGAGAGACCAGCAUGCUGACACGCGUACAAGCAGAACACUGUUACUACUAGCCAAGGCACUACAAAGUGUUGGGAACUUGGGACUUCAGCUGGGCCACGGAAAAGAACAGUGGAUGGCACCUCUUCAUCCCAUCAUCCUUCGCAGUGUGGCUUCUGUCAAGGACUUCCUGGACAAGUUAAUUGACAUAGAUCAUGACACUGCGUCUGAAGUGCCUCAGAGGGCUGUGUUCAUGGCUUCAGUCACAGUCAAAGAGGGGUUUCUCCACAAACACAAAGCAGAAGGACCCCAACUGUUAUCCCGCUUUGCAUUUAAGAAACGGUACUUCUGGUUGACGAGUGAGACGCUGUCUUAUGCCAAGACUCCCGACUGGCAGGUGCGCUCUUCAAUUCCUAUUCAGUGUGUGUGCGCCGUGGAGAGGGUGGAUGAAAAUGCUUUUCAGCAGCAGAAUGUAAUGCAGGUCAUCACCCAGGACAACGACGGACAGCUGCACACCACGUACAUCCAGUGCAAGAAUGUAAAUGAGCUGAACCAGUGGCUGUCUGCGAUCAGGAAAGUCAGCAUCUACAAUGAGCGCAUGCUGCCCUCUUUUCACCCGGGGGUUCAUCGCAGUGGCAAGUGGACCUGCUGCCUGCAGGCCGACCGAGCUGUUGCAGGCUGCAGUAGAACCCACUCAGCUGUGACACUUGGUGACUGGAGUGACCCGCUGGAUCCAGACGUGGAGACUCAGACGAUAUACAAGCAGCUUCUGCAGGGCAAAGACAAACUCAGGAACAAAUAUCUGGAGAUGCCGGAUGAUGAUGAGACAGCGUGCAAUAAAGAAAAGAAGACGAAUGUGGACGUUCACCCAGAUGGUGCUGAAUGCACUGUUCAGCAAAUGAAGCCAUGUCAGGGCAUCGCUGCUCGGCUGUUGGUGGUGAUAGAGGACCUGGAGCAGGCUCACGCUACCUUCCAGCGCAGAGAAAAGGAGGACGUCACCAGUGUUAUUAUGAAUCCCUAGAGUUCACAUGUGGACUGGGAGCCUUUAAUGCAUCAAGGCGGGUUAGGGGUGGGGAGUGGAAGGGCAGCAUCCUGUACCAACACAAGUGAAAAUCAGCUAACCCACUCUCUUGAUUGUCACGGAGAAAAAAUUGGCUGCGUGGUGCCACCUCUUCCAGCCUUUUAGUACAUUUCCUCCUGGCUGUAAAGAGCAAGAGGGAAUUCUGCCACUUUAAUCUUUUUGAUUCUCCGAGUGCCACCGACAAGAGCGCCGCAGGAAGAUUAUGAUACUUGACAAAAAGGAGGAGGUGGGUGGGGAGGGGUGGAGGGACUUUAAAGCAUGAUCUGACUUGAUAUUUUUUAUGUAGAUAAUAAGCAAUCUGUUGCAUGGCCCACAUCCACUUGUUGUGAAAUGUGAAAAGAAGCUUUUAUAUUUUGAGAUACUGUACAGGACCCGAGUCACACAUUUAUAUGCAAAAAGCUUGUUUUAGUGUAACCUACAGUACCUGAAUGUAAGGUGUUUUGAUAUUGCUGUUAUUAUUAUAAAUGCUUUGUAUUUUUAUUGAGGCAAAAUAUCACCAUGGCCGCAAUGUAGCAGCGACAAUAACAUUAUAAAUUAUUCCACAGUGUGACGCCGCUUGUAAAGUGAGCAAAACUCAGAUUUUAAUUGUUGCUUCAGUCCCUUUACACAAAACAUCCGCUUUGGUUUGGUGCUACGGCCAGUCAACGUAAAUGUUGGGUUCUGAUGUAAUUCACAUUUUUAUAAUGCCAAGAUGGGUAAUAUUUACCUGGUUAUUAUAUAAUAUCCAUACAUGGACAAAUUUUAUUUGAAAAAGAGGGGAAUUAACAAUCAUGAGACACUCCCGUUUACUAAGUUGACAGUUUCAGAGAUUUUUGUGCCACUGCAUUGGUUUCAUGUGUUUGAGAUGCCAAAUCUGCUUUUAGGAGUUUUAAAGAAAAAAUACACAUGUGGGGAAUUUUGAUCAUUUUCCACAGAGAAAGUAGUGUUCAGUGUCCGUCUAUUAAACAAUAUUCAGUUGAAUAAAAUCUGAUCUGAGAUCACUGA